GCCAGCUGAUAAACAGAGGCCUGACGUUUUUUUCUUUUCUGCUCCUGGCUGUUUUGCUUCCUUACAAAUUCCUGUCUGUUGUCAGUUAACACAGCGAUGCUGGGAACAACACUGAAAUGCUGCUCACAGGGAUGUUAGACAUGCUCUUUUAAAAGGUAAAACAGAAGAGGAUUAUUAGGAAGGAUGAAUCGCUCGUGUGUCAACUGCUUGAAAACAAUGGUGGUCAGUCUCAACUUUAUGUGCUGGCUGUGCGGUGGUUUUGUGGUGGGUUUUGGGCAGUUCCAGAUGAUACACUCCAAGUACGCCUCCCUCGUCACAACCUUCUGGCCCAUCUACCCCGCCAACACUCUGGUGGUCACCGGCACCAUCGUCAUGUGUGUGUGCUACAUGGGAGUGUUGGGAGGCAUGAGGGAGAGCCGCUGCAUGCUCAUCACUUUCUUCAUUCUGUUGGUCAUCCUGAUGCUGGUGGAGCUAGCCAUGGCACUCGUGUUCCUGAUCUACAGCAGAGAGAUUGACUCGUUCUUUGAGAAAGACCUGAUGCAAAGUUUGGAGAUCUACAGGCAGUCCAGUCCAGAAGGCAACAAGACCAUAAAAGAUGACUUUGAUGCUGUCCAGCACCUGUUCAGGUGCUGUGGAGUUCAUGGGCAGGCAGACUGGAAGGGAAACAUCCCAAUCUCCUGUUGUACCAAGGACCCCUGUAACAUCCCCUUCCACACCAACUGGCAAGAGGGGUGUGUCGAUAAACUGAAGAACUGGUUUGCCAGUAACUACCUCAGCACAGGCGCAGGUGUUGUCACAAUGUUUAUCAUACAGUUUAUUUGUCUGUCCAUCUCCAUCCCUCUGUUCUGCCACUUCAAGAGACGUGGGCUGGGUUACCAAUGAGAAGGAGCCAAAUCAAAAAGGAGCCGUUUCAAGCUGUAUCACAUUUUUAUUCAUCAGAUUGGAAUCUGCCAAAGUGUUGAUAUUAGGAUGCCAUAUAUUUUCCAAAAGGAAGUCAUCUGAAGAAAAAGCCCUUGAGCUCUUUUUCUGUACUUGUACAGUCAGUGUAAACCAUCUUCAAUCUCCAAUCAUCAAUUUUCUUUUUUGACUGUGCUUGAUUAGAUCAACCUCGAAGUACUAUUAAACUCCUCUGUGCUGUUUAACGUAAAGGUCACAUAUUAUACACAAUACACUUCACUAUGUUUUUCUAACACUACCAUGUCCCCUAGUCUGUCUACAAACCCCCCAAUUAUGAGAAAAGUCCAUCCUCUCCGUCUUCUGCCUGCUCCACUUUUCAGAAAAUGUGUGCUCAAACAGGCCGUUUGGAGAUUUUCCCUUCAUGACAUCACAAAGGGCAGUAACCCCUCCCCCAGGUGGGUGACACUCCCACAGCUAGGUGUUUGUUCUGCCCUCUGAGUCUGCCUUCUCACCGUAAACAAUAGGACAUGGAGCGUGAAAACCCAAGCCAUCCGAGCCCUUCCAGAGGGGGGCGUGGUCAGACACAGCUCAUUUACAUAUUUAAAGGUACAGACACAGAAACAGCCUGUUCUAAGCAGGGCUGAAAUAAACCCUUUUCACACAUACGGAAAUCUCCUGAAAAACUCUGGAGAUUAGGCUACCUGGAUGGGCUUUAGGUUAUAUGUGAAUGCUAACAGCUGAAUUUGUAGUGGACUCUGUUGCUCCGCCCACUACUUCCGCGUUGUUUAUUUACGUCAUGUCUUACGUCGGGAAAUCCCCCGCGGCCCCUCCGGUCCCCCGCUGUGAGGAGCAUAUGUGAACAGCUAGGUUGGGAGAAUCUCCGGAGCAGUCCUCCUGAAAUGAUCUAGAUAUUAUCCAGAGUGCAUAUAUGAAAACAGCUAUUGAGGGGUAUGACCAUCACCAAAUACAGGAUCAGAGUGGAUUUAGAACAAGAAACUUCACAGACACAAUUGUGGGUGCUCUGAGACUUAUUUAAACUGGUUGAAGAGGAGGAUACUAUGUGACCUUUAAGAAACACAAAUGCACAUACUGGUCUGCCCCACUACACUUUUGAUCUGCUUCGAUUUGUAUGAUGCGGCAGUAGCUCAGUCUGUAGGGACUUGGGUUGGGAACCAGAGGGUCACCGGUUCAAGACCCAGUGCAGAUCAAAUAUGGAAGUUGGUCUGGUGAGAGGUGCCAGAUCACCUCCUGAGCACUGCCAAGGUGCCCUUGAGCAAGGCACCAAACCCCCCUCCCCACCAUCUGCUCAGGAGCGCCCGUCACUCUGGCUUCUCUCCAUUAGUGCAUGUCCAUAGGAUCCUGUUUCUGCAUGUGUGUGUAUAUUUCAGCCUAUGUGUGUGUUCAUGACUUACAGAGUGUAGAAACUGAAAUUUCCCCUUGCGGGGAUCAAUAAAGUAAAUCUUACACUUUAUUUUAAGAAGGCUUUUUCAGCAGGUAAAGUACCAGCUUCGUUUGUUUUAUUGUUAUGCCAAGGGUUGUCUCUAGAAAAGCACACACAAAACAUUUCCAAAUCAAACUGAAAUACAGCCCUUAUAAUUCAUUUUGAAAUUAUUGAAUUCAGUUUGGCUGCUUCUCAUCUUCAUUACCAGUCUAAGUUAUCAAUCAGCUUAUUCAUGAGGUAUUGGUUAUAAGGUAGGCUAACUAACAUCUCCUGCUACGGCUCUUAUUGGGCCGCUAAUGCUGUAUCAUUCUUUUUCUUUUGCAAUUAUCAUCCACACCCAUGUUUUAUCAAUAUGUAGAUUUUUGUAAUGAUAUUUCCUGUUAACAAGGAACAAAAUCUCUGUUCUUCAUCAGUUCCAUUAACACUGCCAGCAGAGGGAGAUGAGCUGCAUUAACUUCUAAAGCUACAGCGAGCAGCUGGGACUGUUUUAUAACCGUAGUGCCCUAUGUGUUGUAUAAUGAGUUGUAUAUAAUUAAUUUUAAUUAAAUGUUAAACCAC